GGGGGAUGGCAGUGUGGUAGGCGUGUGGUUUCAUAGCUUCAAAACGGACAGAGAGCCAUUGACUUCCUGUUCACUGCUUCUCUGUGAGUAUAAGACAUUUCGCUGACAGCCUACAAGGGGGAAAACAAAGCAGAUCAACCAUCUUAUCUUCAGCCCACCCGACAGCAUUGAAGGCAUGGAUAUAUGUUUUAUCCUGGAUGGUAUUCUCAUCCUAUAUGGCAUCAUCCUCACUGUGCUGUACUGCAGACUGAGGAUGCGUCCAUCCAGCAGCUCGUCUGGCAGUUACUCAGAGAAACAACCCGCCGGGGGAGGCAUCUAUGCGGGUCUGACCUCCCAAAGUACUGACACCUACGAGACCAUCAGAAUGGACAAAAAGCCCAUUGUCUGAAAUAACACAGAUUUGGUUCAAUGUGGAUGCUGUUCACAAAAACACAGUGUUACACCUGUUGAAGCUUUAUACUGUAUAAUACGUUGUGUUGUCUUGUAGCGGGCCGGGGCAUAGACUUCCUAUAUGCACAUUUUUCACAUUUACUUUGUAAAAAAUGCUUCCUGUAUUCUUGAACUUUAUAGUGUGCAUGCAUGAGAUGUAAAAUUACUAAAUUUAUUUAACUGUUUACUCAUAAAAGCUGUGUCGAUGAGUUUAAA